AUGUCUCAUCGCUCCUCCUCCACCGGCCUCCCGGGUGGCCCGGCCGUCCGCCUGGCUUCCAUCUCUGAAUUGAUUGCCGAGAAGAAUGACUGCGAGCUCGCCCUAUUCCACCAUCGUAUGGAGCUUCAGGACAUCACAAUGACCAUUGACCGCAUCCGUGAGCAGUCCGAGCUGCUUGACGCCGCUGUUAGGCGCGAGACUACUACGAUCUAUACACUCUUUUGCUCUGGCCAGUGCUUCAGGCUCAUCGACAACGCGCGCGCGGAGGCUUUCGGCGAGAUCAUCUUUGAGUUCGAGAUGAUGAUCAAACAUGAGCAGGGGCUGAUCGACCAGAAGAGCGAGCUCGGCAAGGAGAAGGAGAACGACCUCGAGAAGAGGAGCGCGAACGAUGAAGUUCGCAUCGCUGAAGGCUGCCCUGAUGGCGCUGCUAAGGAGUAA